AAACAACAAACGACUGUGCUUCUUUUGCUCCGACAGAAAAGAGCAAGUCUUGAUCCAGAUCUUGGUGUUUUUGAAGUAGAGAGUGAAGGUGGUACUUUUAUUUGCCAAAGACUUGAUGGGCUUCUUGAUUACAUCCCACUUAGACACCACCGUAGAGGUGGCAGACUGCUGGUUGCUCUUAAACACAGUCCACCAUGGAGCCUGUAAGGGAGAAGAUCAGAAGCACACUGCCUUCACUGGAAGAGGAGCAAAUAGAAACUCUUGUCACAAAGUUGACGGAUAUUGGAGUUACAAAUCUGGAAGACUGCACGUUUUUAACAGCAGCUGACUUGGAUGGGAUUUUGUCAUUGAUACAGUCCAGGCGGCUGAUAAAUGCAUUCUCCUCAGCAUCUCAGAGCACCAUGGUUGUGUCCGGUGCGCCAAGCGAGCAUCUGGUGGGGACGCCAACUGUGGUGCUAAAUGAGCAUCUGGUGGGGACGCCAAGUGCGACGCCUCCACAGAAGUUUCAAAUCCCUUGGCAGAAGUUCCCAGUUACGUUGAUGAAUGCACUGAAGGAGAAGAAGAGACCACCACCAAAAGAUAGAAGGCACAUGAUCCGGAUCAUCAUGGAAGACAUGAUGGCUACUGACACCAGACCAGGCAGAAGCAAGUUGAAGCAGAUUGCACAGCAGCUGGUUGAGAGAUACCCUGAUUCCUUCUUGUACAAAUGUGGCAUUAAUGUUGUGGGUCAAGGUUUUGCAUCCCUUGUAAUGCAAAUGGAGAACAGGGUUGAGAAUGUCAGAAGACAGUAUGCUUUUAGCAUAUCCCAUGAAGGGAGGCCAAAGAAAAAAUGCAGAUCUUCUGACCGUUAUGGUUGUACUCAGUGGCAACCCGAGUCACUGAAUGACUUUAACAGCCAUGAGGAUAAAAAGAAAAUGCUACAAGAUGCCUUUUAA